AUGUCUAUUAAUACAUUGACGCACAUGUAUAUCAUGGUCAUACCUCUUCCUACGAUUAUUAGCACAAAGGGUACAACAACCUCCGCAGGCGAAUGGUCCCUUCGAGAAUCCUUCCUCGCAGUCCUCGUCACCAACCUACCGAUUGUCGCACCCAUCAUCAAACGCUACAGUCAACAAGCCCGUAGUCAAUCUACUAAAAUAUCUUCUCAUAGAGGCACCUCAUCGUUCAACGAUAGUACAGAUUUAGAAUUAAAUGAUCUAAAAGCUCAUCACGACAGAUCAAGAUCACGAGGAAAAAGACAAUCCCUCAUUUCGCGAAUCAAGGAAGUAGGACCAAGGGAAUGGGAUGACGAUGAAGUAAUUAUGGUUCCAAAACCCACACGAGGAAGAUUCGGCUCAAGAACUAAAAGUCCCUCGCCAAGUGAGGAUGUGAGGAAUGAAGAUAUGCAAACGCACACGCAUAAGUCUGAACAGAGAAAUUAUAAAGAAAAUAACUCAUUGUCCGUAUUACAUCUAGAAGGAUUAAACAAUUUGGAUCUAGUACCCAAAAAAGAAAAAAGUAACAUGAGAACGACGAUUGAAGCAGGUUGGGGAGCAGGAAAUCAAAAUCGCUGGAAUUGGAAUCGGGAGGAGCGGGGAAAUGAGGAGGAGGAGGAGGAGGGAGAUGUAGCAGAGGGGACUAUUAGGGUGGUGAGGGAAUUUAGGUUUACGAAUACUGCUACUGUGGGUUUUGGGGGGCCGUUUGUUGCUGGUCGAUAG